GGCGACAUGGCAUCCUCAUCCCGUUCCCGUACCCAUACCAUAGCCCUCGCCAUUGUUCUUCUCCUCGUCGCUUCUGCGUCGGCAAGGCCGAGCCAGCAUGACGAGCCGGUCACGAUGGAGAGGUUCCGCCGGUGGAUGGAGCAGCACGGCAAGUCGUACCCGGCCGUCGACGAGGAGCUGCGGCGGUUCGAGGUGUACCGGCGGAACGUGGAGCGCAUCGAGGCCACGAACCGAGAUGGCGGGCGCGGCUACACGCUUGGCGAGAACCAGUUCACCGACCUCACCAGCGAGGAGUUCCUCGCGAGGUACACCGGCCGGUUCGCUCCGCCGGAGAUGACCCACAAUGGCGGGAUGCUGAUCACGACCCGUGCCGGGGAUGUCGUCGAGGCGCACCGCGGCAACUUGUCCGCCGUGCCUGAGAGCGUGGACUGGAGGGCCAAGGGCGCGGUCACGCCCGUCAGAAAUCAAGGAGGUUGCGAAGCUUCUGUGGCUUUCGCCGCGCUGGCAGCAGUGGAAGGUCUAUACCAGAUAAAGACCGGGAAGCUGGUGUCCAUGUCCGUCCAGGAGCUCGUCGACUGCGAUUCAUUGUCAACCCAUUGCAACCCCGGCGGCACACCCGCCGCAGCCUUAUCAUAUAUCCAGAGAAACGGCGGCAUCGCGGCGGCCGCAGACUACCCCUACACCGCGCAGGAGGGCGUCUGCAACACAGAUGUCCCGCUGGUUGCCGUCUCCCUGCGCGGCUACCGCAAGCUGCCCUACAACGAGCAGAGCGAGCAGAAGCUCCUCGAGGCGGUGGCGCAGCAGCCCGUCGCCGUCGCCGUCGACGCCAGCAGCUUUGAGUUCCAGACCUACAAGGACGGCGUGUUCUCUGGCCCGUGCGGAUUCCAGGUCAACCACUACGUCGCCAUUGUAGGGUACGGGAAGGACGCCGCCACCGGGAAGAAGUACUGGAUCAUAAAGAACUCGUUUGGCCAGUCGUGGGGGAUGGACGGCUACAUGUUGAUGGAGAGGGGCAUCGUGGAUCCACGAGGCCUGUGCAGCAUCAACUCGUACCCGGCUUAUCCCACCAUGUGACGACGGGGAUCAUGCAAGUAACAAGGAAUUUAUAUGUGCCUCUACGGUUGUUUCCUGCAUGUCACGUCGUACAUCUAGUAAGCAUGUACUCACACUAGCUACGUGUGUAUACUUUGUGUGUAAGUGUAUCAUAUUCAUGUCACAACAUGAAUUACUCGUGAUGAAUCAAUGAAAUAAAUAAGGGAAUGAUUUGCUUUU